AUGGGCGACGCCACCGCCACCAACCCCUCCUCGCCGACCGCAGCCAUGGAUCCCGACUCCGAGGUCGUCUUCGACUUCCUGCCCUACCUCUGCCAGUACAAGAGCGGCCGCAUCCACCGCCCCGGCGGCGCCCCCACCGUCCCCACCGGCACGGACCCCGCCACCGGUGUCGUCUCCAAGGACAUCCGCGCCGGCCCCGCCUCCGCGCGCGUCUACCUCCCUCCCGGCGCCACCGGCAAGAUCCCGGUGAUCAUCUACUUCCACGGCGGCGGCUUCGUGGUCGGCUCGCCGGCGCGGCCGGGCACGCACAACUACCUCAACGACCUCGUCGCCCGGUCGGGCGCCAUCGGCGUGUCCGGCUACUACCGCCUCGCGCCGGAGCACAAGCUGCCCGCCGCGUACGACGACGCGUGGGCUGCGCUGCGGUGGGCGGUGACGCUCGGCGACGGCGAGGACCCGUGGCUGCUGGAGCACGCCGACCUGUCCCGCGUCUUCCUGGCGGGCUGCAGCGCUGGCGCCAACAUCGCGCACAACACGGCCGUGCGGGCCUCCGCCCCCGGCGCGCUCCCCGAUGGCGUGACCAUCCGCGGGCUCGCCCUGGUGCACCCGUACUUCACGGGCAGCGAGGCCGUGGGCGGCGAGAUGGCGUUCGGCCCCGAGAUCCGGCCGUUCAUGGACCGGACCUGGCGGUUCGUGGUCUCGGAGACGGUGGGGCUGGACGACCCGCGCGUGAACCCGUUCGUGGACGACGCGGCGCGCAAGGCCUCCGCCGGGAUCCCGUGCGAGCGCGUGCUGGUGUGCGUGGCCGAGAACGACUUCCUGCUCAAGGAGCGCGCGCUGUGGCACCACCGGGAGAUCAAGGCCAGCGGGUACGCCGGCGAGGUCGAGCUAUUCGAGUCUAAGGGCGUCGGCCACGCGUUCCACUUCGACAUGCUGGACUCGGAGCAGGGCGUUGAACUCCAGGAGCGGACCGUGGCUUUCAUCAAGAAAUGA